AUGGGUAGAAAGAAAAGGAAGUUAAAUAUCGAUUUAAAACCUUUUUGCUACUACUGUGAUAGAGAAUUUGAUGAUGAAAAAAUACUUAUUCAACACCAGAAAGCUAAACAUUUUAAAUGUUUACAUUGUAAUAGAAAAUUAGAUAUGGCAAAUGGAUUAGUUGUACAUAUGAUGCAAGUACAUAAAACAAAUUUAAAGAGUGUUCCAAAUGCCUUACCAAAAAGAAAUGACCCAGAACUUGUAAUAAGAGGUAUGAAUGGUGUACCUACAGAUAUAAUUGAAGAAAAUUUAAUAAAAUUAAAACAGAAAUUAGGUGAUAAAAAUAUAAAAAGACAACAGAGAGUUAAUUGGGCUCAAGUUACUAUGGCACCUACUAUGGAACAAUUUUUAAAACAAGCUCAAAUGGGAAAUUUUUCUUUUCCUGGUUUUAAUUCACCUAUUUUACCUACAAAUAAUAAUAUAUUAACAAAUACAUUAGAUAUAAAUAAUAAAACUACAUUAUCAAAUAUACCUUUAUAUAUACCUAAUAAUAGUAAUAAUAUAAAUAAUAUAAAUAAUAUUAAUAAUAUCUUAUAUCCACCAAAAAAUUCAACAGUUCUAAAUAUGCCUAUACCACCAAUAAAUAAAAAUAAUAUAAAUAAUCAGGUACUUACAAAUACCAAUACAUUUACACCUUCUAAUAUUCCACCACAAAUGGUAUCCAAUAUACCACAGAAAUAUAGUACUAAUAUAAAUUUAUUACCAACAAAUAUCAGUCAACAUAAUACGAUGUAUAUGCCUCCAGGUUUAUAUCCUCCACCUAUUCCUCCUCCCCUAAUACCACCUUCAAACGUUCCAACAAAAAUCUCACCUGUACAGCCAAUUAGGACAGGUUCUAAAUGGGAUAUACCAGAAACAACUCAAGGAGACCCCUCAACAGUUAAACAAAACAAGGAGGAUAAUACUCAGAAUAAAAAUGAAGACCCCCCAAAAGAUUCCUUAGAUCAUGAUGUAAAAGAGAAUGAAUAA